AUGCGUACCUACGACGAUACUUUCAGCGGUCAGAAGAUCUACCCCGGCAAGGGCAAGCUUUACAUCCGCGGCGACAGCAAAAUCUUCCGCUUCCAGAACGGCAAAACCGAAUCCCUCUUCCUACAGCGCAAGAACCCUCGUCGUAUUGCAUGGACCGUGCUGUUCCGGAGGCAGCAUAAGAAGGGUAUCACAGAGGAAACCUCCAAAAAGCGCACCCGCCGCACCGUAAAGCAACAACGAGGCAUCGUCGGCGCUCCCCUCGAACUCAUCAAAGACCGCCGCUCGCAACGUCCCGAGGCCCGCGAGGCAGCACGUAAGGAGGCAAUCGCGAAGGGCAAGGAGAAGAAGGCAACAGCUGAGAGCAAGAAGAAGGCUGAGAAGGCGAAGAGUGCGGCUGGAGCAGCGAGGGGGCAGCCGGGGAGGAUUCAGAGCAAGAUGGGGUCGAAAGGUGUGCCGAAUAAGGCGUCCGGGAAGACUCGUUGA